AUGACCGCCAGCCCGUCCCAGGAGAAACUCAUCCACUCGGACGAUGGCUUCAACGUGUACCUUACGAAACAAACGACCUCGACCAUCGGCUUCCGGUGGGACUUUUCCGCACCACUCGAAUCGCCCUUCGAUCUGUUCAAGGUGGAAAAAUGCUACAGCUGCCGGCGCAACCAAUGGCAAAUGGUGCACUGGGGAACGGCGUGGUCUGUCACGGUUCGCAACCUGGAGCAGAACCUGUGCUACUCGUUCCGUAUCACCGCGAUGAAACAUAAUGAGGAAGAGGAGAUGUUUGUGCACGUGAGAAAAUCGAACAUUUUUAAAUCGUUCACUGCCGGACGUCCGUCGACGAUGUAUUUUCGGGCAGUGAAGAAAAGCCAACCGGCGUUGAUACGGAAGCUUUUGAGCUUGAAGCCGGAACUGGUCAAUGUUCCGGUCAAUGGAGAGACGUUUCUUUAUCAAGCGGUGAGAAACAAUAAUCUGGAGGUGAUCGAUUUGCUGUUUGAGUUUGGAGCGAAUGUGAAUCUUGGGGUGCCAAAUAAUUCGGAGACUCCGUUGCAUUUGGCGGUCUACAACAAGAACAUCAAGAUCGCUCGUCAUUUGCUCGAGCAUGGAGCCGACAUAAAUGCGGCGAACUGCAUUGGGAUGACAGCUGGACACUACGCAGUAGAUACGAACAACUUGCACAUACUCAAGUACGUUUUGACCCACGGAGGAAGCACCGAGGCUCGCGAUCGUUGCAGCUGGACGUUGAUCUUUCGCGCAAUCUACAUGCACGCCAGUACCGAGAUCAUCAAAUACCUGCUGGAGAAAAAAUGUCGACUGAAGAUUCGGGAUAAGAAUCGGCUGAUGCCGCUGGACUACGCCCGUCUCACGGAACAACAGGAGGUCAUCAAUUUAAUCAAGCGUAGGCUUAAGAUCUGAGUGGAACGCCAUCAAACGGCAUAUUUACUGAUAUUUACAGUUUGUUUGUAAAAUUUCUAGCACAAUUUUGUAGCUCACUUUUACACCGGUGUGCGUGUGUUUUUUUAAAUAAAACUUAACUAACAAUACUUAAUCCAAAUCAUAGUGUUC